AUGCACGCUUCCACUCUCCUCCUCGGCGCUGCCGCCCUCCUCGUUGAGAACGUAUCCGCCCACGGCUUCGUCAAGACUGUCAACAUCAAGGGUGUCUCAACCAAGGGCUCCGACCCUGUCUGGUUCUACCAAGGAACCAACCGCGUUGCAACCGCCGGUUGGGACUCUCUGAACCAGGAUCUCGGCUUUGUUGAGCCCAACAGAGCCUCAUCCGCAGACGUAAACUGCCACAAGAGCGCCACACCGGGCAAGCUGUACGCCAACGCUAACCCCGGCGAUACCAUCGAAUUCGAGUGGAACACCUGGCCAGACAGCCACAGGGGUCCCAUCAUCCACUACAUUGCUCCUUGCAACGGUGAAUGCUCAAGCUUGUCCCCCAGCGACCUCCGCUGGUCCAAAUUCGCCCAGGAGGCUAUUGUCAGCCCCAACGUCUGGGUCACUGACAACCUCAUCAAGAACGGCUUCAAGGCUUCUGUUAAGCUGCCGUCUAAGCUUGCCGCUGGCAACUAUGUUGUCCGCCACGAGAUUAUCGCCCUGCACGGCGGCUCCAGCGCUAACGGUGCUCAGCUGUACCCUCAGUGCAUCAACAUCAAGGUUGGAGGCAGCGGCACUGUCAAGCCUACCAACGGCGUCCCAGGUACCAGCCUGUACACCCCCACCACCCCUGGUAUCUUGUUCAACAUCUACACUAACCCUACUUCUUACCCCUUCCCUGGCCCUGCUCUGUGGACUGCUGCCAACUAA